AUGUCUCCCUCCUCAUCUUCUUCCAUCGGGGGAAAAAUCAACCAGGAAAUCGACAGUCUCCCUCCAGCGAUCGCCGAGAAGCUACCCCACGUCCCCGAAUCCAAGGAGGAAUUGAAGGAGGACUUAAAAGAAGCGGAAACCAAGUCUCUGCAAGGUCUGAGGAGUUUAGCUGCUGGGGGGUUCGGUGGUGUCUGCGCUGUGGUUGUUGGACAUCCGUUUGACUUGGUCAAGGUCCGGUUGCAGACUGCGGAGCGGGGUGUUUACAGCAGUGCGAUCGAUGUUGUGAGGAAGAGUAUUGCGAGGGAUGGAGUGAGGAGGGGCUUGUAUGCUGGUGUCAGUGCGCCCCUGGUGGGCGUUACUCCUAUGUCCCUUUCUUCUGCCCACAAGGAAGAGCUGAUUGUUGAAAUAGUUGCGGUCUCAUUCUGGGGUUAUGAUGUUGGCAAAGGCCUCGUUCGCCGUUUCUCGACUGUUCAAGAUAACCAGCUUUCCGUCGCACAAGUCUCAGCUGCCGGGUUCUUCUCCGCAAUUCCUAUGACACUCAUCACGGCACCUUUCGAGCGUGUUAAAGUGCUUCUACAAAUCCAAGGCCAAAAGCAAUUAGCGCCAGGUGAGAAGCCGAAAUACAGCGGUGGAGUGGAUGUUGUCCGGCAAUUAUACAAGGAAGGCGGCGUUCGUUCUGUGUUCCGGGGUUCAGUUGCUACGUUGGCAAGAGAUGGUCCUGGAUCCGCAGCCUAUUUUGCAGCCUACGAGUAUAUCAAACGCAGACUCACACCGGUGGAUCCAGUGACGGGUAAGGCAAGCGGGGAUCUGAGUCUCUUGGCUGUUACUGCGGCUGGUGCUGCGGCUGGUGUAGCCAUGUGGAUUCCUGUUUUCCCAAUAGACACUGUGAAGAGUCGUCUACAAACUAUGGAGGGCAAGCCAACCGUUGGUGGGAUUGUUCGUGGCUUGUAUAAAAAUGGUGGAUUCAAAGCUUUCUUCCCUGGAUUUGGGCCUGCAAUCGCAAGAGCUGUACCUGCAAAUGCUGCGACGUUCUUAGGGGUCGAAUUGGCGCAUCAGUUCAUGAACAAGACUUUCGGAUGA